AUGCCCGGGGUCCUGCCGAGUGACAGCACCGGGCCGGCCCGGGGGAGCCCCUCCAAGAAGAACAGGCUCUCGCUGAAGCUCUUCCAAAAAAAAGAAGCGAAACGAGCGCUCGAUUUCACCGAGUCCCAGGAAAAUGAGGAAAAGGCUUCGGAGUUCCGGGGAGCUGAAGUUGAUCAGGUGGUGCCUGCAGCACAGCCCCCUGCGCUCCUUAGCUGUGAGAAAAAAGACAAGAUGUUGCCUUUUGUGGGCCUGAACAAUCUGGGUAACACGUGUUACCUCAACAGUGUUCUCCAGGUCUUGUAUUUUUGUCCUGGUUUUAAAACUGGAGUAAAACACUUAUACAGUAUCAUUUCAAAGAAGAAAGAAUCUUUGAAAGAUGAAGGAGAGCAAAAAGCAGAGAAGGGAAAUUGUAAAGAAGAUCCACUGGCAAGUUAUGAACUCAUCUGCAGUUUGCAUUCCUUGAUUCUUUCAGUGGAGCAGCUUCAAGCCAGCUUCCUCCUCAACCCAGAGAAAUACACGGAUGAACUUGCUACCCAGCCACGAAGGCUGCUGAACACCCUUAGAGAGCUCAACCCUAUGUAUGAAGGCUACUUGCAGCAUGAUGCCCAGGAGGUUCUGCAGUGCAUCCUGGGGAACAUUCAGGAAACCUGUCAGCUGCUGAAGAAGGAAGAAUUGAACAAACUGCCCGUGGAAGAGCCUGCAGUGAAAGUGGAGGCAAAAAUCCAUCAGCAGCCUGAGAGCAAUGGAACUGCCAACCCUGCUGAGGAGGAGGAGGAGAACGUGCUGAGUGGCCAGGUUGGAGAAGGGGCUGAAGACAAGCUGCUCAAAGGGAAUGGGAAGAGGAAAAGUGAUGCUGAGGGUGGCAACGCAAAGAAAAAAUCCAAAGUGUCAAAAGAGCAAAUUGCAGCAGAAGAAAAUCAAAGACAAACCAGGUCAAAGAGGAAAGCCACAGGAGAAAAGCUGGACAAUGCAGUUGAAGCCAUUGCCAAGUGUUCCAGUGAAAAUGAGGGCACCAAGCCCACACAGAAGAAGUCACGGAUUAGGUUAAACUGGUUAAAAACUCCAUGCAAACAGCCUAGUAUUCUGUCUAAAUUCUAUAGUCUAGGAAAGUUAAGUACAAACUUGGGAUCCAAAGACCCAGGGAAAGAAUGUGGUGACUGUGAGCUUGAAGAGUCCUCUCUAAAAUGUGACAAUGGUAACAAUAUUAAAGAAGAAUAUCGGGAACCAGCGUCUCCCAUGGAAAGCCACCAUGAAAAAGGAACUGGGAAAGAAGCAAAAAAGGAAGGUACAGAACUGGCUGUUUUUGAACUGGUGGAGAAGCUGUUCCAGGGCCAGUUAGUUCUGAGAACAAGAUGCUUGGAGUGUGAGUGCUUUACUGAAAGGAGAGAAGAUUUUCAGGACAUCAGUGUCCCAGUGCAAGAAGAUGAACUUUCUAAAACUGAAGAGAGUUCUGAAAUUUCUCCAGAGCCAAAAACAGAAACAAAGACUCUUAAAUGGGCAAUUUCACAGUUUGCAUCAGUGGAAAGGAUUGUGGGAGAGGAUAAAUAUUUCUGUGAGAACUGCCAUCAUUACACAGAAGCAGAACGCAGCCUUUUGUUCGAUAAAAUGCCUGAAGUGAUAACAAUUCACUUGAAGUGCUUUGCUGCUAGUGGCCUAGAGUUUGAUUGCUAUGGUGGACUGUCCAAGAUAAACACUCCCUUACUGACGCCUCUCAAACUGUCCCUAGAAGAAUGGAGCACGAAGCCGACCAACGACACCUACGGCCUGUUUGCGGUGGUCAUGCACAGUGGCAUCACCAUCAGCAGUGGACACUACACAGCUUCUGUCAAAAUCACAGAUCUCAGUAGCCUGGAGCUAGAUAGGGAAAACUUCAUCACUGACCAAAUGUGUGAAAUGGUUAAACCAGAGCCACUGAACGAGGAGGAGGCUCGAACUGUUGCUGAAGAAUAUGAUGACGGCGAGGUCUCUUUUAGAGUCAAUGGGAACGCGCAGCCGGGGAAAGUUCUGAACAAAAAGAACAUGGAAGCUGUUGGACUCCUUGGGGGGCAGAAGAGCAAGCCUGACUGUGACCUGUACAACAAACCAGCCAACCCCGAGAAGUUUCUCAACGUGGUUCCUGAAAGCAGGAAUCCCGAGGCCAGCAGCAGUGCUGGCAGCGCAGAGUGCGGCGCGGCCCCCAGGGAGCAGAGCGGGGUCACCUCCAGUGGACAUGAAAACCAAGCCCUGUGCCUGCUGCAGAGCCUCAAGGAGUACGAAGGGAAGUGGCUGCUUUUUGAUGAUUCUGAAGUGAAGGUGACAGAAGAAAAGGACUUUCUGAAUUCUCUUUCUCCCACAUCCUCAUCUACGUCAACUCCUUACCUACUGUUUUAUAAGAAAAUUGUAGAGUGAUACUGUAUUUUGGCUGUAAAUAUUAGGGAUUUGCAUACACCUCUUGGUCUGAUCUGCAUCAAAACUACCUGGAAGAAACAGCUGUUUGUUUUUGAA